ACUACCUUCUGUCGUUUGGGGUCUGUAAGUGGAAAGUCCCUGUCAGUGGGUCUUUAAUCAGACAACAAUAGUUGGCUUUCUAACAGUGCUAGGAAAAUAUAAAUACAGACCCGCUUAACGGACUGUACGCAUUAUACUUUUAUGUGCAUCAUAAUUUAGUCGUCGCCUUAGCUGUCGAGCAUAUAAUCUUCUGCUAAUGCUAACUAGUGUUAGCAGGCUAGCUCUUUGUGUAGCUAGCUUGUCGCUGAAUGAUGUUUUGUUUUUGUUGAGCUGAACAACUCUCCCGUAGCCGGGGAGAGAACGUUUCGUGUCCGUGCAUGGAAAAGCCAAUAGUUGGUCUUGCCUAACAGCUGAACCCGUCCUGGCCCGUCGAUCACACUCAAGUAAAACAAGACCGAGUGAGAGGAGAGUUUGCAGAGGACUGAGAUGGGAAACUGCCUGAAAUCUCCAACCUCAGAUGAUAUUUCUCUGCUACACGAAUCCCAAUCGGACCGAGCCAGUUACGGAGAAGGUGUUGACCCAGAUCAAGAGCCACCGCCCCCUUAUCAGGAGCAGCUCCAUGUGCCGGUGUACCACCCCACCCCCAGCCAGGCCAGGCUGGCCACACAGCUGACGGAAGAGGAGCAGGUGCGCAUCGCCCAGCGGAUAGGCCUCAUCCAGCACCUCCCCAAAGGGGUGUACGACCCCGGGAGGGACGGCUCCGAGAAGAAGAUCAGAGAGUGCGUGAUCUGUAUGAUGGACUUUGUGUACGGGGACCCCAUCCGGUUCCUGCCCUGCAUGCACAUCUACCACGUGGAGUGCAUUGACGACUGGCUAAUGCGUUCCUUCACCUGUCCCUCUUGCAUGGAGCCCGUGGACGCCGCGCUGCUGUCCACCUACGAGACCAACUGACGCGCACAUAGCCACAGACAUGUCUAUUACACACACACACACAGACACACACACACAAGGCACACCACACAACACAACACAGAGAUAGCCGGGGGAGCACAGCACAGCGCAGAGGGGCGUCUGCUGGAAAGUCUAUGCCCUGGAUGGAGGAUAAAAUGAUGGCAAUGUAUAAAUUAUAAGUAGUGUAGAAACAGUACGAGGGGUGUACCCGGUGUGUGGGUGUGGGUGUUGGUGUGUGUGUCUGUGUGUGUGUGUCUGUUUGUUUGUGUGCAUGCACACACAAGUGCAAAAAGAGAAACAAACUAAAGAGAUGUGUACGUGGGCGGUUUAACGCGUUUCACUUACUGCCUGCUGGGCAGGAAACUUGUGGGGAAGCAGAGGAGCGGAAAGGGGAGGUUACAAGCAGUAAGGCCUGGUUUGGGAGUAGAGGAGAGUCGGACUGGUCCACGGGCUAAGGGGAGGCUUAUGGUAGAGGGGCCUAGAGUUGAUCAUUCGUAAUUCUUACGACACACUACGUCACAUUAAAACGUCAGCCUUUGUUGAUGCACGUGUACACACACACACACCGACACAUGCACUUUUAUUUUGACUUUUUCUGUAACUGUUCACUUCCAUAAUUUGCUUUGCUGGAAGAAGGCCGGGAGGAUGGACGUCUUUGGACUCUUGCCCAUGGUUCACCUUGGGGCAGUGUGUGGCUACUCCCUAAAAAAGAUUCCAGGAUCUGCCGGAAAUUUAAGAUUUCUGCCCCCUGUGCCUAAGCCUGCUCCAGACUGAACUCUGUCGGCAGAGACUACUUUCAAUCUACAGGUAGGAUUGGAUGGGCAGGCAUUUUCUGCAGACAACAUAAUGGGCCUGGACUUUUCUUCUACCCACUGGCCUUGAGUUGUCUAUGUGUGGGAAAAGAAACGAUGGAUGAUUGACUUGUGAUAUCUGUUCUGUAGUAUUUCUGUCAGUCAGUGUUAGGAAAUUCCUAUUAUUCAACAAAACAAAAAACGGCAAUCCCAAAACAAGGUCAAAGUAUGUUCUUUAGUCCCGUAUUGGCUACACACCGUUGGUCAAGGCACAGGCUUUUGUAGACAAGACAUUAAAUACAUUAUCCACGUGAAACGUGAGGGGUGUUUGCACAUGUAUGUAUUGGCUACAAGAGCUCCUCCUAUGCGCUUUAGUACUGUACCCGAUUUGAAAGUGUAUCGUUUCCUUGAUCGGCAUACCCAGUGAUCACAUCAUGGUCCUUGUCCUGUGAGUGAGGCACUGGGCCGAGGGACUUGACCUGGCAGCCAAUCCGGUCACACAGCCAGACUGGGUUUUGACCUUUCAUUUGAAGGAAGUGUUAAAGCGAUGUUUUGGUAGAAAGUAAGCACCAUUACUUUUAUCAGGUUUCUUUUAUAACAGCAACCUUCGGGGUACAGCGCUAGACCAGAUUAGGUGAGCCAUCUAAUUUAAUGUAUGAGUAUGUGGCAGUGGGUUGUUGGGGGUUAAAUAUUUACAUAAAGGAGAGAUACUCUCCUCAUGCUGUCGGUAGACGUCAAUCAAAUGCACACCCGGUUAACUAUGAAAGCACAAACAGUUUGUGUUCCUGUUUGAGAGCGAUUCAUAGGAUUAAAAGGUA